GUCUCGCCGCUUUUCUGUCUCUUCUUACUUAUUUGAAAUCAAUUCUUCGUAUUGAUGUGUGUGUUUGUAUGUAUAUAUAUAUGGUGCUUCGCUCCUUGUAAGAUGCAGGCUUCUGCCGGUGCUGCACCUUCUCUUCUUUCUCUUUUCGUUAGUGUCCUCAUUUGAUAAAGAGAGAAACAAAGAAGCUACGCAGGCCAUGGCCCUUCCCUCACUGCAAAGCACCAUGGUGCCGGAAAGAGGGUCCAUCUCCCUCUCUUCCACCCAGUCACCACAGCCGCUGCCGCCGCCGCCGCAGCAGCAGCAGAAGAAUUCUGUGCAACUUUCUGCCUUUUCACCCCUGAGUGGGAUGCUGCACCUGCCGAUCCUCACUGCCACGUCGUUGCGGCCCGCAAAGCGAAGUAGCACCUCCCACUCCACACAGCAGACAAGCCACGACGACAGCGGCGAGCAGCGGCAGCAGCAGCAACAUCCGCUGCUUCAUCAACUGCUCUCCGACGCCACCACCUUUGCAACACGGCAGGCACCACUUGCGAAGGACUUGGAAGCAGGACCUCCUUGGCUUCUUCCGACGCUGGACGACGCGGUGGAUGAGGUGGGCGGUGCGGAUAAAAUGGAGUCGUUGCUGCGACAACUGCGCAGCCUUUCUCCCCAACACGCACAACAAUGGCAACUGGAAGAGGCCGGAAGCAACACCGCCUUCUCGUCCCAGAUCCGAGACGCCGUGCGGCAAUGCGUGCGGCAUGCGUUGAACUUAUCGGACGAUGCGGUUCACGUGCGCGCUGUGCAGGACGACCCGUCGUUGCUCCAGGUGCAAAUACCUUUGCCAGUGUCAGCAGCGAUCAAGAAGGAGAAAGCGGUGCCAGGGCGUCCUUGCCUUGUCCUGCGCAUGCACCGCCAGAGGGGCGUCCUGUCUCUGCACAUCAUCCACUUGCGCUUUCAAGCCCCAGAUGAAGGCAUUGCACCACGUGCCACUCGACGGCGACUCCCUCAGUCGCCGUUGUUGAAGCGGAAAGGCAGCCAAAGUGCCGCUACCGCAGCGGACGACCACGCAUUGAUUCCACCUUUACUAGAAGCUGCGAUGCCCUGCAACAAUGCGUGUGCAGAGAAGCCGGCAUCGUCAUUGCGGCUCCCCGACAGCGGACUUGGCGGCUUCCAGCUGGGCGCUGCGCUCUGUCGUCCAUCGGGCGCGCUCGACAAGCCAAAGGCGGUCCUGACAGACAAAUUGAGAGUUGCUCCGUCGCGCACCCCAUCGGCUUCCGCGGCGAGACGCACUGGCGUUUCCCGGUUAGCAAAAGGCAGUCGAAGUUCACGCAAACGGCACGGUUCGGCCCGGCGAUUGCAGACGGAAAGCGACGCAGUUGAGUUCGACCCCCUGCGUCCAGAGGAGACGACGCCCUUCAACGCCCAGCACCGCCCGCUGACCUUCAACGCUGCUAUUGCGUUUUCGUAG